UGUACCUCGGUACAUGUGACAAUAAACUCAACUGAAGUGACUGGUGCGGACGGGCGUAGACUUUGUGGGCAGUGAGUGGGGCCAGUUUCCCUGCUGUUCCUCUGCACUGAAGUUAGAUCAGCAUUCUCAAUCCAGUCCAGGAUUUCUAUUUCCUUGUUCCUGUUCAUGCCGGAGUGGAAACUGUGUCCACCAGGAAGUUUCAAAGGGGAGGUUUUUAUUCUGAUCAGAGUGCAGGGCGGCUGAUCGGGCACUGAGGUUGGAUUGCUGGCGAACACCAUGCAUGCCAGGCAUCUGCUGUUGGUGAUGUAUCUCACCCUGGCCGGGGUCGCUGGGGAGAACGUGUUGAUCUGGCCGACAGAAGGAAGCCACUGGAUUAACUUGAAGUACAUAAUUGCCGGGUUGAUGGCGAGGGGCCACGAUGUCACAGUGGCCACGAUGUCACAGUGGUUUGUAAACAACUCCGAGUCCUCGGCCAUGAAGUUGGAAGUGUUCCAAGUGCCGUUUACACACGAGACCACGGAAGCCUUUUUGAACAACUGGCUGGACGUCUCCCUUUACCAGGCACCGGACUUGUCCUUUUGGGGCAGGUACAGGGUGUUUUCGGCGCUGAUGGCCAAGGGGAGGGAGCUGGGCAUGCAGGUGUGCGACGGGAUACUGAAGAACGAGGAGCUGGUGCAGAGACUACGGGAGGCCAAGUUCAAGGUCCUGCUCUCUGACCCAGUGCAGGUGUGCGGGGAUCUCCUGGCUUUGAAGCUUGGGGUUCCCCUCGUCUUCACCCUGCGGUUCUCCCGGGCUUUACUCAUUCUGUCAGAGUUGUCCGACAAGAUGUCCUUCGUCGAGAGGUCUCAGAAUGUGCUCUACUCCUUCAUGUACGACUGGGUGUUCCUGCGGUCCUGGGGAGAUUGGGAUGCUUAUUACAGCGAGGCUUCAGUUCACCUUGUGCCUCAAAAGGCUCAAUGUCCUGUCAGCUAG